AUGAAAGUACUGGAAGACAAACAUGAAGUGGGCUUCAAAUGGAUCAAGGAAAGGCCCAGGGAACAUUGGUGUAGAGCUUUGUUCGAGGAGGAUGUCAAAUGUGAUAUCCUCCUUCACAACCUGGCUGAAGCAUUCAACAAGUACAUACUUACUGCCAGAGAGAAGCCAGUAUUGACAAUGUUCGAAAUGAUAAGGACUCAGCUUAUGAAGAGGAUAAAUGAGAAGCAGAAAUUUGGCAGACAUAUAGAUGGUGAGCUGUGUCCAAAGACUAAAAAGAAGUUGGCUAAAAUCAAUGAGUAUGGUUGGAAGUUCACCGCAAUCGAUGGUGGUAGCCCUUUGAGAACAUGCACAUGCCGAAGGUGGAAACUAACUGGAAUCACAUGUUUGCAUGAUUGCCCAUGCAUAUAUGGUAAUAAUCAAAGGCCUGAGGAGUAUGUCGAUGAUUGUUACAGCAAAGCUACGUAUAAGAAGAAGAAGAAGGGGGGAAGAAUACCAAAGGCUAGACGAAAGGAGGCAGAAGAAUUAGAGAAACAAAGGGUGGAAAAGCCCAGGGAAGCUGCUCAGAAUAGGGAAAAGUUACGAAGGAAGGGAAAUAUGAGAAUGACUUGCAGUUUAUGUGGCAAGUUUGGACACAAUAAGAGGGGGUGCCUAAAGAAUAGUGGGGUUUGUGUGUUUUCUUUCCAAGGUACAAGGCAAGUACCUCAUGUGUCUCUGACUAGACGUGGAAUGUUCCCAUUUGUCGAUAAACCUCCGGCUGUUGACCAAAGCCAACCAAAUCAGAACCAGUCAGGUCAAGCUGAUGAAGGAGAGCAUGCCUUAGAUAGUCAACAGAGCAUUAUUGAAGAUGGAGCUCCGUCCCAACCUUCCUAG